GGGCCGUGUAACGCACAGCAGUGAGCCCCAGGCAUCUGCGUCACCCCUGCCGAGGAGAACACUCACAUCCGCAGGGGUGAUCGCAAAGGGCUUCAGAGGCAGGGCUGGACGCCAGAGAUUUUACUAGAAGGAGCGUUUGAGCAAGAAUUUCAUAAAUCGGGUCUGAAGUUUUAGAAUACUUAGGACUGGAAACGAUCGACCUCAGUUGAAGGAGAAUUCAGAAUUACCUUCCCUCAGGAGCAAGAUUCACGUCUCUCCUGUUCUCUCCACUGUGAGCCAAAGGAGGUGAAAAGUCUGCUGCCUUCUGUCCGAGGCCUGGCCUUUCUGCCCAGAUCGAGCACCAGGAUGAGAGGGGAACCAAUGAAUUCCACCAACAUCUACGAUUCAAAUGAGGACUACUUUGGAUUAGCUAACAGUUCGGAUUACUUACUGGAUGAUGACAGCUUUCUGUGCUCCCUGCAGGAGGUCAGAAGUUUCUCCGGGCUCUUCGUGCCGGUAGCUUACUCCUUGAUAUGCGUCUGUGGUCUCCUGGGCAAUAUUCUGGUGGUUGUCACCUUUGCCUUUUAUAAGAAAGCCAAAUCUAUGACGGACGUUUAUCUCUUGAACAUGGCCGUGGCGGACAUACUCUUUGUCCUCACCCUCCCCUUCUGGGCUGUCAACCACGCCACUGGUGAGUGGAUUUUCAGCAACACCAUCUGCAAACUGACCCGGGGCAUCUACGCCGUCAACUUCAACUGCGGCAUGCUGCUGCUGGCCUGCAUCAGCCUGGACCGCUACAUCGCCAUCGUGCAGGCCACCAAGUCCUUCCGGCUCCGCUCCAGAGCCUUGGCGCACCACAAGCUGAUCUGCUUGGCGGUGUGGGUGGUGUCCGUCCUCAUCUCCAGCUCGACCUUCACGUUCAACCAGAAGUACAAGCUUCAGGGCGGCGACGUGUGCGAGCCCCGGUACCACGCCGUGUCCGAGCCCAUCCGCUGGAAGCUGCUGAUGCUGGGGCUGCAGCUCCUCUUCGGCUUCUUCGUCCCGCUGGUGUUCAUGAUCUUCUGCUACGCGUUCAUUGUCAAGACCUUAGUCCAGGCGCAGAACUCGAAAAGGCACAGGGCCAUCCGCGUCAUCAUCGCGGUGGUCCUCGUGUUUCUGGCCUGCCAGAUCCCGCACAACAUGGUGCUCCUGGUGACCGCCGUCAACCUGGGCCGGACGGACCGCUCAUGCAGCGGCGAGAAGCUGCUGGGCUACGCCAGGAACGUCACCGAGGUGCUGGCCUUCCUGCACUGCUGCCUCAACCCCGUGCUGUACGCCUUCAUCGGCCAGAAGUUUCGGAGCUACUUUCUGAAGAUCAUGAAGGACCUGUGGUGCGUGAGGCGGAAGCAGAAGGCGCCGGGCUUCUCCUGCUCCCGGCUGCACUCGGACACCUUCACCUCCCGGCAGAACAGCGAGACCGCGGACAACGACAACCCAUCCUCCUUCACCAUGUGACGCCCCCCAGGCUUGGCGCAGACAGGAUGGAAACGCACGGGGCCCGUGGAAAUGAAGCAAAAGCGAGCGGGGUCUUUCCUGCAGGAUCAGGGCCGCGGGUGCCCCGGGUGCCGGGGGGUUCCCACAGGGAGCACCCCCAGCUCACCUGACCGGGAAUGCCCUGCACCCCUGUCCCUGAUGGCUGGCAUUCCACAAAGCAGGCUUUGGGAAGCGCUGGAUGAAAGGGAACUGCUUACAAGCGGGAACACUUUCAGGAAUGUUCGCAAGGAAGCCUUCAACCACAAUUUCUGGUCAUUGCAAAACAUCCCACGACUUAAAAACAAAAGGAAACAGGAACAACCAUCAAAAGCCCUCACAUAACUCAUUUAGGCAAAAGAUUAAACAUUUUUCCAUCCCCAUGGAUACUGUUGGUCAUCAGAGCAGCAAAACGGGCUGGCUUGAGCUUUUUCUCAUUUCCUUGUGAUGCACUCAACUUGCAUGAGAUUGUAAAAGGGCAGAAGGAAAAACAAGCUCCGAGACCAGAGAGGUGGCUGCGUAAGUGCUGGUGACGCCGGCCCAGGGGCCAGGCAGCUGCGGUCGUCACGGACGCCAGGAGGUACAGUGUGCUGUAUCUCUCUCCACGAUGGCCAUCUUCUAAAAAUCAGACGAAGGUGCUUAAUAAACACUUGUUUAACAAAACAUAAUAAAAUUGGGGCUCCUAGGACAGGCAAGAGUGCAAGUUGCUCAGUUGUGUCCGACUCUUUGUGACCCCAUGGACUAUGCAGUCCAUGGAAUUCUCCAGGCCAGAAUACUGGAGUGGGUAGCCU